CCGACGUCGCUCUGAUCGUUACGAUCUUUCCUCGCACAAGAUUGCUGAUUGGGGGAGUGCUGCUCUAAAAUCUAGUCUUACGAACACAACAUUUCCAAAGAUGGCUGCAUUCUCUUCAUCGGACACCGAUGUGAUCUCUCGGCCGCUUCCACUCGCUCCGGGAGCGCCUGUGACCUUCUUCACGCCUCCUGAACUGGAUGAAUACUACGACAUUCCACGCACGAUUGAGGAAAUAUCCCGGGCAGAAUACAAGCGAAUCGCGCUUCAGUUUCCGGAUGAUCUGCUUCAUGAUUCGGUGCCGGUGUAUCGGAGAUUGAAAGAUGCACUUGGAGGGAUGGGGAGGGAGUUCUAUGUACUGGCGGACACAUCGUAUGGGAGCUGCUGCGUAGAUGAAGUGGCAGCGCAACAUGUCGAUGCUGAAGCUGUUGUACAUUAUGGUCGCGCCUGCAUGAGCAAGACAUCCCGUCUUCCUGUGAUCUAUGUCUUUGGCAAGCAGGGUAUCAAUAUCGACCACUGCGUCUCCGCCUUGUCCAAAGUAUUGGAGCUCGACGGCGCCAGUGUGGAGCUGAUGUUUGAAGGGGCUUACUCGCACCGCAUGGUUGGGAUAGCUAGUCUCCGCGAUGCUCUUCAUUCAAAGCUUCAAGUUCCAAUAGCCAUGAAAUCGAUCACACACUCAUUCGAACCAGGUUCAACUACCUCAAUCGAGACCAAGGGACCCCGAUCUUCUGACCACUCCAGCAUCGUAUACAUCGGUGGCGAAGGGCUUCGCUUGGCCAACAUCCUCAUAACACAUUCCGGCGUCAAUGUGUACUCGUAUGAUCCCAUAAACAAUACAGCACGUCUGGAGUCCUCGAUCACAAACCGCCUUCUCAUGCGGCGGUACGCAAUUGUCCAGAAAGCGCGCGAUUGCGAUGUUUUCGGCAUUCUUGUUGGAACUCUCGGUGUGGCAUCUUAUCUUCCUCUCAUCAAGCAUCUCCGGGGAUUGAUAUCGCGCGCGAAUAAGAAAAGCUACACCCUCUGCGUGGGCAAACUCAAUCCGGCCAAACUCGCCAAUUUUAUUGAAGUCGAAUGUUUUGUGCUUGUGGCAUGUCCCGAAAACUCACUCAUUGACAACAAAGAAUUUUUGCGUCCGGUCGUGACACCAUUCGAGCUUGAGACUGCGUUGCAGGCGGAACACAGCUGGAGCGGCCGCUAUGUUCUCGACUUUGGAUCACUUCUCUCCGAAGCCAAUGUCACCUCUCCGAGUGAAGAGGACAAAUCUGAAACCGAAGAUGUCAACAGCGAGCGACCUACAUUCUCCCUCGUCUCAGGCAAGUAUCGCACUGUAAAGCAAUUUGGCCUGAACAAACACGAUACCAAAACCAACAAUCGUGGCUUGUCCGAAUCACUGGAUGCUUUGACAAUACGCAACCCAGAUUCCGCAGUUGGUCUAGCCGAGAAUUUUGGUGCCCAAGCUUUACAGGAAAGGAGCUUUCAAGGAUUGAAUAUGCGACUAGGGAAAGACGCGCCCAGUGUGCUGGAGCAGGGAAGGAGCGGGAUUGCGAAAGGUUACACGGACGAUCGAUCGGCCUGACUCGACCA